AGAAAAAAAAGUUUCAGAGAGAGAAAGAGAAAAAUUGCAGAGCGAGAAACAAACGACGAGUUGCCGUCCAGAGGGCAAUCAGACAUCGAGUUCUAGGGCACAAAAAUCAAAAAGAAAUCUCAAAAAGAGGAGAAAAAUCAAGGCAUUGUUGUAAUUUGAGGAUAUAGACAGAUCAGCAUUUUUCUUUGAAGAUUAUCGUCUAUAGAUCUUUUUUCAUCUAUUCUUCUUGUUCCAAAUCGAAACCCCUAAUUGACUUCGUCCGAUCAGCUCACUUUAGGGUUUUUUUCCCAUCGGUCUUUGUUGAAAUUAAUUUGACGGAGGAUUUUUGGGGGUUAUUUCAGCUCGGAGAUCCUCCUAAGUUAACGGAUUGUAAUCGGAUCCGGUCUGCCGUUAAAAUUGAGGGGCCGUUUGUUUCCUUUUUCCGGCGGAUGAGAGGUAAUUAAAAACGAUGAAAUGGGUAUCAUUGCUUAAAGACUUCAAAGAGAAGGUAGGGUUAUCAGGGCCUGCCUCUGCUGCAUCGUCUCCGUCAUCAUCCGCCUCUCCAUCACCUCUUUAUCAGGAUAAUAACAAUGCUACUACUUCUUCAAACCACCAUUACUUCUCGUCCCCUUCUUCAAGAGACAAAUAUGAACUGGAAUUGGACUUCAAGAGACAUUGGGAAGAGUUCCGCUCAUCGACUUCGGAGAAGGAGAAAGAAAAGGCCUUGAAUAUGACUGUCGAUGUCUUUUGUAGAUUUGUAAAGCAACAUUCUAAUGUAGCACAAUUGAUUACCAUGUUAGUAGAGACACACAUAUUUUCUUUUGUGGUUGGUAGAGCAUUUGUUACAGAUAUUGAGAAGUUAAAAUUGAGCAGCAAAGCACGAUUGUUGGAGAUUGAAAGUCUGAUAGGCUACUUUUCGGAGGUUACAGAGGAUGGAAUUCGGCCGGGUUCAAAUCUUUUGCAGGCAGUGGAAUUCCUUGUGUCUGCGCCUAUUGAUAAACAAUCUCUCCUUGAUUCCGGGAUCUUAUGUUGUCUCAUUCAUAUUCUCAAUGCCCUUAUGGGUCCUGAUGGAAGGAAUACAAGGCAAAUGGUUACUUCCAUUGAAAAGGAACCAGAAGGCGUGGAUAACACAGAACCAAAUCGACGACUUGAGGUAGAGGGCAGCAUUGUGCAUAUUAUGAAGGCAUUGGCAAGUCAUCCUGCAGCUUCUCAGAGUUUGAUUGAAGACACAUCACUUGAGUUACUCUUUAAGAUGGUUGCCAAUGGAUCUCUGAUUUUAUUUUCAAGAUAUAAAGAAGGUCUUGCACCGUUGCACAAUAUUCAGCUUCAUAGACAUGCAAUGCAGAUACUUGGUCUUCUUAUGGCUAACGACAAUGGAAGCACCGCCAAGUACAUAAGGAAACAUCAGCUGAUUAAAAUACUGCUAAGCGCUGUGAGGGACUUCAAGCCAGGAAGUGGCGACCCUGCAUAUACAAUGGGGAUUGUGGACAUGUUGCUUGAAUGCAUAGAAUUGUCAUAUAGACCUGAGGCUGGUGAUACCAGGCUGAGGGAGGAUGUUCGUAAUGCUCAUGGAUACCAGUAUCUCGUUCAGUUUGCGUUAGUUCUUUCAAAAGCUCAAGACUUUGAAACUACCCUUCCAAGAUCUUCUUCUGAACAUAUUUCUUCUUCAGAAGGGUUAAACCGAACCAAUGACCCAGAAAUGCAGGGACCCACCUCACCACAGUGUCUCUCACCCAUUCUCUCUAGAUUGCUUGAUGUUCUUGUCAAUCUAUCUCAAACAGGUCCAACCGAUGCAGGGUCAAAGGGUAAUGGCAGGAGAAAAACUUGGUCCUCUUCUGACCGGUCCUCAGAUGAUGGUUGGGAGAAAGAUAAUUAUAAAGUUAAGGAUCUUGAUGCCAUCCAAGUGUUGCAGGACAUUUUCUUGAAAGCAGAUAGCAGAGAGCUGCAGGCGGAAGUGCUAAAUAGGAUGUUCAAGAUAUUCUCGAGCCAUCUCGACAACUAUAUGUUGUGUCAGCAGUUGCGGACGGUGCCGUUAUUGAUCCUAAAUAUGGGCGGUUUCCCUCCCUCUUUGCAAGAAAUCAUCCUUAAGAUUCUUGAGUACGCAGUGACUGUCGUUAAUUGCAUACCUGAACAAGAACUGCUCGCGCUUUGCUGCUUAUUGCAACAACAUAUAGUAUCCGAGUUGAAGCGCACAAUCUUAUCGUUCUUUAUAAAAUUAUUGUCGUUUGAUCAACAGUACAAAAGAGUGUUGCGAGAAGUUGGUGUGUUGGAAGUUCUGCUGGAUGAUCUCAAGCAGCACAAGUUUCUGUUGGGUCCGGAGCAGCACAACAGUGACGGUGAUGAUCUGGAAAGGAAGUCCAACUCGAGCAACUUCAAGAAACAUUUACACAGUAAAGAUGCGAUUAUUUCAUCUCCAAAAUUAAGGGAGUCUGGUUCCGGAAAGUUCUCUCUUUUUGAAGCCGAAGGCACAAUUGCGGUUGCUUGGGAUUGUUUGUUCUACUUACUGAAGAAAGCAGAACAGAAUCAAGUGACAUUCCGUUCUGCUAAUGGUGUAACUACCGCUCUUCCUUUUUUGGUGUCUGAUGUUCACCGUCCUGGCGUCCUACGUGUGUUAUCAUGUCUAAUUAUUGAAGAUUCCGCACAGGCCCAUUCUGAGGAAUUGAGCAUGUUGGUUGAAGUUUCAAAGAGUGGGAUGGUUACGAGUGCUUUGGGAUCUCAAUAUGAUCUUCAAGAUGAUGCAAAAUGUGAUGUUUUUGGAGCAAUAUGGCGGAUUUUAGGAGCCAAUAGUUCCGCUCAGAGAGUAUUCGGUGAAGCCACUGGGUUUUCUCUCCUCUUAACAACACUUCAUAGUUUUCAGGGAGAUAAAGGGUGUAUCGAACCAUCUUUCGUAACGGUUUGCAUGAGGGUUUUCACGUAUUUAUUGCGUGUAACGACAGCUGGGGUGUACAAUAAUGCUGUUAAUAGGGAAAAGUUAAAUUCAAUUCUAUCCUCACAUACUUUCUAUGAUCUUUUAUCGGAGUCCGGCUUGAUAUGUGUGGAGUGUGAAAGGCAAGUAAUGCAGUUGCUUCUUGAACUUGCGCUUGAGAUCAUACUUCCACCAUUUUCGACCCCAGAAACUACAGCAUCAUCGUCAUCAAAUGCUGUUGGAAACUCCUCAACUGCUUUCCCUAUAAUUACUCAGUCGGGCACGUUUCUUGCUACUAAGGAGAGAAUAUAUAAUGCUGGUGCAAUUAGGGUUCUCAUCCGUUCAUUGUUGCUCUUCACUCCGAAACUUCAGCUGGAGUUGCUUAAACUUAUUGAUGAACUUGCUUGGGCUGGCCCCUUUAAUCUAGAGAACCUAACAUCUGCAGGUUGUGUGGAACUUCUUCUGGAGACAAUUUAUCCGUUUCUUUCGGGUUCAUCUUCUCUACUUUCCCAUGCUUUAAAGAUUGUGGAAGUACUUGGGGCUUAUAGAUUGUCACCAGCGGAACUUAGAAUGAUUAUUAGAUGCAUUCUGCAAGUUAGACAGAAGAAACCCGGCCAUAUUCUUGUCGAUAUGAUGGAAAGGAUGGUUCUGAUGCAAGACACGGCCUUGGAAAACGUUCCUCUUGCACCAUUUUUAGAGAUGGAUAUGAGAAAGAUCGGAUAUGCGUCAAUUCAUGUGUCGCUAGGAGAGAGAUCAUGGCCCCCUGCUGCAGGUUAUUCGUUCGUUUGUUGGUUUCAAUAUCAGAAUCUCUUGAAAACAAAUGCAAAAGAUACGGAACCUUCCAAAAGGCAUACGGGCCCACAAGUUCUACGCAUGUUCUCAGUCGGUGCUACGGAUGGCGGCAAUACAUUCUACGCAGAACUUUAUCUUCAGGAGGAUGGGACUUUAACCCUUGCAACCAGCAAUUCAUCUUCAUUAUCUUUUUCGGGGUUAGAUAUAAGUGAAGAACAAUGGCAUCAUCUCGCCGUGGUGCAUAGCAAACCGAAUGCGUUGGCCGGACUCUUCCAAGCAAGUGUUGCAUAUGUGUAUCUUAACGGGAAGCUUAGACACACGGGGAGGUUAGGAUAUUCCCCCUCUCCUGGCGGCAAGUCUUUGCAGGUAACCAUUGGAACACCGAUAACUUGUGCCCGGGUCGGUGAUUUGGCGUGGAAGCUACGAUCUUGCUAUCUUUUUGAAGAAGUAUUGACACCGGGUUCCAUUUAUUUUAUGUAUAUUUUGGGUAGAGGGUAUCGGGGACUCUUUCAAGACACGAAUCUUUUGCAGUUUGUCCCUAACCAGGCUUGUCGUGGGGGAAGUAUGGCCAUCUUAGAUUCACUAGAAACAGAAUUGGCGUUGAGUUCUAACAAUCAGAGGACUGAGAGCGGUAAUAAGCAAGGAGGAUCGAGGACGGACCGUAGUGGAAUGGUUUGGGAUUUUGAAAGAUUAGGGAACCUCGCGCUACAACUCUCGGGAAGGAAACUCAUAUUUGCAUUUGAUGGAACAUCUACGGAAGCCUUUCCGGCAUCUGGAACUUUGUCAAUGCUCAAUCUUGUUGAUCCAUUGUCAGCUGCUGCUUCCCCUAUUGGAGGUAUACCGCGUUUUGGACGUCUUCAUGGUGAUGUUUAUGUCUGUAAGCACUCUAUAAUCGGUGAAACUGUUCGUCCCAUUGGUGGAAUAGCCGUGGUCUUAGCUCUUGUUGAAGUGGCGGAAACCAGUGACAUGCUGCAAAUGGCAUUGACGCUGCUUGCUUGCGCGCUUAAUCAAAAUCCACAAAAUAUUAGAGAYAUGCAAGCUUUUAGAGGGUAUCAUUUGCUAGCUCUCUUUCUGCAUUCUCGAAUGUCGUUGUUCGACAUGCGUUCGCUCGAGAUAUUUUUUCAAAUUGCUGCUUGUGAGGCUUCUUUUCCGGGACCUAAGAAGUUGAUCGAUAAUCUAUCGCCUGUAACGACUGUAUACGAAAACAGCUUUGACGAGCUUAAUCUGACCAAGUUCCAGGAUGAAGUUUCUUCGGCUGGUUCAGAUGAGGUAAUGGAUGACUUUUCUUCUAUGCCUAAAGAUUCUUUCAGUCAUAUAUCGGAACUCGAUGAUCACGACAUUCCUGCCGAAACACCGAAUUGCAUAGUUCUUUCAAAUGCAGAUAUGGUUGAGCAUGUAUUAUUGGACUGGACCGUGUGGGUAGCAGCUGCGGUCCCGAUACAAAUCGCUCUUUUGGGAUUUCUCGAGAAUCUAGUCUCAAUGCAUUGGUACAGGAAUCAUAAUCUUACCAUUUUACGUAGGAUAAACCUUGUUCAACAUCUGCUCGUAACGCUACAAAGGGGCGAUGUCGAGGUUCCUGUGCUGGAAAAGUUAGUCGUCCUUCUAGGAGUUAUCUUGGAGGACGGAUUUGUCAUCUCGGAACUGGAACAUGUUGUUAGGUUUGUAAUUAUGACUUUCGAUCCCCCGGAACUGUCAUCACGGACUCAGAUAAUGAGGGAGCCAAUGGGGAAGCAUAUUAUCGUUAGAAAUAUGCUGCUCGAGAUGCUAAUCGAUCUCUUGGUAACAAUAGCAUCUGAAGAGCUGCUUGAGCAAUGGCAUAAGAUCGUCUCGUCUAAAUUAAUAACGUAUUUUCUUGACGAAGCCGUUCAUCCUACUAGCAUGAGAUGGAUUAUGACUCUCCUUGGUGUGUGUCUUACCUCUUCUCCGACGUUCGCUCUUAAAUUUCGAACGAGUGGAGGGUAUCAAGGAUUGACGAGGGUUCUCCCGAGUUUCUACGACUCUCCCGAUAUAUAUUAUGUGUUGUUUUGUCUGAUAUUUGGUAAGGCCGUGUAUCCGAGAGUACCCGAAGUUCGUCUGCUGGACUUUCAUGCGUUAUUGCCGAGUGAUGCAAGUCUUGUGGAUAUAAGAUUUUUAGAACUUUUGGAUUCCGUUAUUGCAAUGGCUAAAUCGACAUUUGAUAGGUUGUCUGCCCAGACAAUGCUUGCCUUUGAAAGCGGGAAUCUUAAUCAGGCUAAUGCCGGGCUUGCGGCGGAGCUUGCCGAAGGAAAUGCAGAAAUGACUGGAGAGCUUCAGGGUGAAGCUUUGAUGCACAAAACUUAUGCCGCUCGUCUUAUGGGUGGAGAUGCUUCUGCUCCUGCUGCUGCAGCAUCCGUUCUUCGAUUCUUGGUUGAUCUUGCGAAAAUGUGUCCUCCAUUUUCUGCUGUUUGCAGACGAGCUGAAUUUCUCGAGAGUUGCGUGGAUCUUUAUUUCUCAUGUGCCAGGUCUGCUAAUGCUGUGAUGAUGGCGAAAGAGCUGUCGAUAAAGGCCGAAGACAAAAACAUAAACGAUGGCACCGGUGACGAUGCUUAUAGUUCCGAGAAAUUGUUUUCGAGCUUGCCCGUUGAGCAGGAAGAGUCUGCUAAGACCUCCAUAAGCCUCAGAAGCUUCCCUCCAGCACAGGGAAGUGCAAGUUCUGAAGACACUCCCGUUGCCAUGGAAAAGUCAAGCGAAGAAGAUUGUGAACCCGUUGACCAGCCAGCGGUUGCCCCUUCCGACAAGCAGUUAAAUUUUCACGAUCUCAAAAUCACUCCGGUGGCUGUUCACCCAACGGGAUCACCGAGUUCCCCAUCUCUAAGUAUAUAUGAUUCCCCAUUGUUAUCAGAGAGAUCUAUUUCGAGGUUUCAGGCGACACCCUCUCCAUCCCAGGGUGGUUUCGCCUUACCAUCUUGGCUCGGGAGUGCCAAUGAAUUCAAAACUCAAUCGACCGCCUCUCCUUCCAUGGAAUCUGCUGUAUCUCUGAACGACUUCGAUUCAACUCCCAACCUCAAGUCCCCUUUCCAAGUACCAAAUCCGUUUUCUACGGUUAAUCCGCAACUGCUUCUUGAUGUGGAUGAUUCCGGUUAUGGUGGUGGUCCUUGUUCUGUAGGGGCAACGGCUGUUCUAGACUUCAUGGUGGAAGUUCUUGCCGAUUUUGUAACUGAGCAGAUAAAAGCGACACCGAUUAUCGAAAGCAUUUUGGAGACGGUUCCUUUGUAUGUUGAUGCUGAAUCUGUAUUGGUUUUCCAGGGUUUGUGUCUUACUAGACUCAUGAACUUCCUCGAAAGGCGGCUCUUGCGUGAUGAUGAGGAAGAUGAGAAGAAAUUAGAUAAGACCCGAUGGUCGUUGAAUCUAGACGCUCUGUGUUGGAUGAUUGUCGAUCGUGCUUAUAUGGGUGCGUUUCCUCAGCCUGCUGCUGUACUGAAGACGCUGGAAUUCUUGUUGUCUAUGUUACAGCUCGCAAACAAAGAUGGUCGAAUCGAACAAGCACUGCCGGCUGGCAAAGGGAUUUUGUCUAUCGGAAGAGGAGCCAAGCAACUUGAUGCUUACGUACACGCGAUUUUUAAGAAUAUGAAUCGUAUUACCAUGUACUGUUUCCUUCCUUCGUUCUUAAUAUCCAUCGGAGAAGAUGAGUUUCUUUCACGAUUAGGUUUACAAAUCGAGCCACGGAAGAGAAUGAUGGGUCCCAGUGCGGUACAAGAUGACGGGGUGAUAGAUAUAUGCACGGUUUUACAGUUACUCAUUGCUCAUAGCCGAAUAAUCUUUUGCCCGAGUAAUCUUGAUACCGAUCUAAUGUGCUGUCUUUGUAUAAACUUGAUCUCACUUCUACACGAUCAGAGACCGCAUGCACAGCAUUUGGCAGUUGAUAUUCUCCGGCAUCUUUUGGUGCACCGUAGACCUGCACUGGAGGACAUGCUCGUAUCCAAACCGAACCAAGGACCGGUUUUGGACGUUCUUCAUGGUGGUUUUGACCUCCUGCUUACCGGAAGUCUGUCCACCUUCUUCGAGUGGCUAAAUAUGUCUGAACUAGUUGUUAAUAAAACUUUGGAACAAUGUGCCACCAUUAUGUGGGUGCAGUAUGUUGCGGGUUCGGUGAAGUUCCCGGGAGUGCGAAUCAAAGGUAUGGAUGGUCGUCGAAAGAAAGAGAUCGGUAGAAAAUUAAGGGAUUCGAUGAAAUUGGACCAAAGACAUUGGGAGCAAGUUAAUGAACGGAGAAUUGCAUUGGAUUUGGUUCGUGAUGCAAUGUGUACGGAACUCAGAGUUGUUCGUCAAGAUAAGUAUGGAUGGGUACUCCAUGCUGAAAGUGAAUGGCAAACACAUCUUCAGCAACUUGUACACGAGCAAGGUGUAUUCUCGUUGCCCAAAUCGUUUUCGAGCGAAGAGCCCGAAUGGCAGCUUUGCCCGAUUGAAGGCCCGUAUAGAAUGCGGAAGAAAUUGGAGCGCUGCAAACUAAAAGUUGACACGGUCCAACACAUUCUAAACGGGAAGUUAGAAUUUGGGGAGAUAUCAAAGGAGAAAACAGAUAACGAUCUUAAUGAUUCCGAUGCUGAUGCCGAGUCGGAUUCUUACUCUAAUAUUGUGCUGAGCGAUGGGAAGGAGGAAACUCCUGAUGACGAACUGUACGGUGAUUCCAUCACUAAGGAAUCAGAUGGUGUGAAAGAUGAGGCUUUGGGUAGAUUUGGAUGGAAUAACGAUAGGGAUAGUAGCAUUAACGAUGAAAGUCUUCAUUCUGCUGCUGGAUUUAGUAUGAAAUCCAGUUCAGCAACUGCACCACUAACGGAAAGCAUUCAAGAAAAAUCUAUCUUAAGUUCUCCAAAGAAGUCAUCUUCAACGAGAUUCGAAGAGGUUAGAGCAAUGGAGGAUAAAAUCGAUAAGGAUCUUAGUAACAACGGGGAGUACUUAAUUCGGCCUUAUCUUGAACAUACCGAGAAGAUAAAAUUCAGAUACAAUUGUGAACGAGUUGUGGGUCUUGAUAAACACGAUGGGAUCUUUCUUAUCGGAGAACUUUGUUUAUAUGUCAUAGAGAACUUCUAUAUCGAUGAAUCUGGUUGCAUUUGUGAGAAGGAAUGUGAAGGUGAACUUUCGGUUAUCGAUCAAGCUUUAGGUGUAACGAAAGAUUUCUCUUGCAGUAUGGACUCCGGUUCCAAGUUAACUUCAUCAUGGGGUAUGACCGUAAAAUCACAUACGGGUGGACGUGCUUGGGCUUAUAAUAGUGGCUCAUGGGGUAAGGAGAAAGUUACGAAUAGUGGAAACGUACCUCAUCCGUGGCGAAUGUGGAAGCUGAAUAGCGUCCACGAAAUCUUGAAACGAGAUUACCAGCUGCGUCCUGUUGCUAUUGAGAUAUUCAGCAUGGAUGGAUGCAACGAUCUUCUCGUUUUCCAUAAAAAGGAGAGGGAAGAAGUUUUCAAGAACUUGGUGGCCUUGAAUCUUCCAAGAAACAGCAUGUUGGACACCACGAUUUCAGGAUCAGCGAAACAAGAAAGCGCUUUUAAGAUUAUGGCGAAAUCCUUCUCCAAGAGAUGGCAAUACGGAGAAAUCAGCAAUUUCCAGUACUUGAUGCAUCUAAACACGCUUGCAGGUCGUGGGUACAGUGAUCUUACUCAAUAUCCAGUCUUCCCUUGGGUUUUGUCGGAUUACGAGAGCGAAAAUCUGGACUUAACCAAUGAAAAAUCAUUCCGUAAACUCGACAAACCCAUGGGAUGUCAAACAGAAGAGGGAGAAGAUGAGUUCAAGAAAAGGUAUGAAAGCUGGGAUGAUCCGGAAAUCCCCAAAUUUCAUUAUGGUUCUCACUAUUCUAGUGCGGGGAUUGUUCUUUUUUAUCUUUUACGCUUGCCACCGUUCAGUACAGAGAAUCAAAAGCUGCAGGGUGGUCAGUUUGAUCAUGCUGAUCGCCUUUUCAAUAGUGUACGGGAUACAUGGUCAAGUGCCGCCGGAAGAGGCAACACAUCGGACGUAAAGGAACUGAUUCCGGAAUUCUUUUAUAUGCCGGAAUUCCUGGAAAACAGAUUCGAUCUUGACCUCGGAGAGAAACAAUCAGGAGAGAAGGUUGGUGAUGUUGUGCUACCUCCUUGGGCCAAAGGUAGUGCUAGAGAGUUCAUCAGGAAGCAUAGGGAAGCUCUGGAAUCUGAUUAUGUUUCGGAGAAUUUGCAUCACUGGAUUGACCUCAUAUUUGGUUAUAAACAACGCGGGAAGGCGGCUGAGGAAGCUGUUAACGUGUUCUACCACUACACAUAUGAGGGAAGUGUCGACAUAGAUGCAGUUACCGAUCCUGCAAUGAAAGCAUCCAUUCUCGCUCAAAUCAAUCACUUCGGCCAAACACCUAAGCAACUAUUUCAUAGGGCGCACGCCAAAAGAAAGAAGGAUCGAAAACCUCCUAUCAAUCUGCUCAAAUACUCCACCUAUCUCGUUCCACAUGAGAUUCGUAAAAGUGCAUCUUCCAUAGCCCAAAUCGUCACUUCUAACGACAAAAUCCUUAUGGUCGGUCCAAACAAUCUACUUAAACCGAGAACCUACUUCAAUUAUGUCGCGUGGGGUUUCCCCGACCGUAGUUUGAGAUAUUUGAGCUACGAUCAAGAUAAACUCUUCUCGACCCAUGAGAACCUCCAUGGUGGCAACCAGAUCCAGUGUGCCAGUGCUAGCCAUGAUGGUCAGGUUCUGGUCACCGGUUCAGACGACGGGUUGGUUUGCGUUUGGCGGACUAGUGGCUACAGUGGGUUCCGUGGACCACGAAGCUUACAAUUGGAGAAAGCGCUUUCCGCUCACACGGCUAAGAUCACUUGUCUUCAUAUUUGCCAGCCUUAUAUGAUUAUUAUUAGCGGUUCAGAUGAUCGCAGUGUGAUUUUAUGGGAUCUUAGCUCGUUGGUUUUCAUUCGGCAGCUGCCGGAGUUCUCAUCUCCGGUGUCAGCUAUUUAUAUGAACGAACUAACCGGUGAAAUUGUGACAGCUGCAGGAAUCAUGCUUGCAGUUUGGAGUAUAAACGGAGACUGUCUAUCGGUCGUUAAUACUUCUCAGCUUCCGUCUGAUUUCAUCGUGUCGGUGACCACUUGUACCUUCUCUGAUUGGCUGGAAACCAACUGGUACGUAUCGGGUCAUCAGAGUGGUGCGGUUAAGGUUUGGCAAAUGGUUCAUAACUCUAGCGAAAAUGUCCAAACUACCCCUCAUGGGAAGGUGUCUUCGAGCCAGUCGUGUGGAUUAGGGCUCGGUGCAAAGGUGCCCGAGUACACACUGGUUCUACGAAAGGUCCUCAGGGGUCACAAACACUCCGUCACCGCCCUUCACCUCACGAGCGACAUGAAGCAACUUCUGAGCGGUGAUGCCGGCGGCCAUUUGAUCUCGUGGACGUUACCCGAUGAAAGCUUGCGGAAUUCUAUCAGAAGGGGGUGAUUUAGGUAGGGGUUUGAGGUAAUCAUAUUGUCGGUAAGAAAGAACCGUUUAAAGGGUUCUGCGUCCAUCCUAUCCUCCAAACACGAAAAGGGCUGGCCGGGGAUUACGAGGAAGAAACAGUUGACGGGUGAAAUCACGGAAUUGGAGGUACAUGAAACGUUUCUUGUUUUUGUUUUAUCGUGAACUUGUGUCGAUCGGAUGGGAUGCCGGAAAUGGUGUACAUAGAAGGAAGGAAGGAAGGAAGAAAGGAAGGAAAGAGAAGGGGGAAAUCUUAGAUUAUAUGAUUUGAAUUUGUAUAGUUGUGUUAAGGGAGGAGGGGGGAGAUGAGUGUUGUAAUGAAAUGCCCCUAAUUUGGCUUGGGGUUGUGUUGUGUUUUAUUGUUAUUUUUUUUUGUAAGAAUAUGCAUGCACUACACAUAUAUCAUUUGUUUUAGUCUUCAAAUCUAUAGUGGAAAUUUGAGUUA